CAUGGGGACGGGGGCGGCCCCGGCAGAGGCCCGGGGGGUGGCCGCCCGCCUGGUUUCCGUCCCGGAUCCCCGGGAGGCAGUCGGGGCGAGGCUGGAGGCAGGGGAGCCCCGCGGCCGGCUAUGUGGCUGAGCCUGCUGCUGCUCCUGCUGUGGCCGGGCCCCCCACCCGCCCCCGGCAUGGAGGACGCCGCCUUCCCCCACCUGGGCGAGGGCUCGCAGCCCCCACCCCGGGCCUGCCCCCCGCGCUGCUCCUGCCCCCGGGCGGACACGGUGGACUGCGAGGGCCUGGACCUGCAGGUGUUCCCCGACGACAUCAGCAGAGCAGCCCAGCACCUCUCCCUGCAGAACAACCAGCUCCAGGAGCUCCCCUACAACGAGCUGUCACGCCUCAGUGGCCUGCGGACCCUCAACCUGCACAACAACCUCAUCUCCUCCGAGGGCCUGCCGGACGAGGCCUUCGAGUCCCUGACACAGCUGCAGCACAUCUACGUCGCCCACAACAAGCUGUCGGUGGCCCCCCAGUUCCUGCCCCGCUCCCUCCGCGUUGCGGAUCUGGCUGCCAACCAAGUGACGGAGAUCUUCCCACUCACCUUUGGGGAGAAACCAGCGCUCAGGUCCGUGUACCUCCACAACAACCAGCUGAGCAACUCCGGCCUGCCCCCCGACGCCUUCCGCGGCUCUGCGGCCAUCACCACUCUCAGCCUCUCCAGCAACCGGCUCAGCUACCUGCCACCCAGCCUCCCACCCUCCCUGGAGCGGCUGCACCUGCAGAACAACCUCAUCUCCAAGGUGCCCCGUGGAGCCCUGAGCCGCCAGACCCAGCUCCGCGAGCUCUAUCUCCAGCACAACCGACUGACGGACAGUGCCCUGGACGCCACCACUUUCAGCAAGCUGUGCAGCCUGGAGUACCUGGACCUGUCCCACAACCAGCUGGCCGAGGUGCCCGCCGGGCUGCCCCAGACCCUGACCGUCCUACACCUGGGCCGAAACCGCAUCCGUCGAGUGGAGGCGGCCCGCCUGCUCGGCGUGCGGGGCCUGCGCUACCUGCUGCUGCAGCACAACCAGCUGGGGGUGGCGGGGCUGCUCCCCGGGGCGCUGCGGCCGCUGCGGCGCCUGCACACGCUGCAUCUGUACGGCAACGGGCUGGAGCGCGUGCCCCCGGCGCUGCCCCGCCGCCUGCGCGCCCUGGUGCUGCCCCACAACCGCGUGGCCGCACUGGGCGCCCGCGACCUGGCGGCCACGCCCGGCCUGGCCGAGCUCAACCUGGCCUACAACCGCCUGGUCAGCGCCCGCGUCCACCGCCGGGCCUUCCGCCCGCUGCGCGCCCUGCGCAGCCUCGACCUGGCUGGCAACGAGCUGACCCUGCUGCCCUCCGGCCUGCCCGCCGGCCUGCGCGCCCUGCGGCUGCAGCGCAACCAGCUGCGCGCCCUGGAGCCCGAGCCGCUGGCCGGCCUGAGGCAGCUGCAGGAGCUCGGCCUGGCGCACAACCGGCUCCGCGUCGGCGACAUCGGGCCCGGGACCUGGCACGAGCUGCAGGCUCUCAAGGUGCUGGACCUCAGCCACAACGAACUGUCCUUCGUGCCCCCGGACCUGCCCGAGGCCCUGGAGGAGCUGCACCUGCAGGGCAAUCGGAUCGGCCACGUGGGCCCGGACGCCUUCCUCAGCACGCCCCACCUGCGCGCCCUCUUCCUCAGGGCCAACAGGCUCCACGCGACCAGCAUCGCCCCGGGGGCCUUCCUGGGUCUCCGGCACCUGCAAGUGGUGGACACCGCGGGGAACCCGGAGCAAGUCCUGGUUCAGCUGCCGCCCGCGGGCGCACGACGGCCACGUGGGGAAUCACCCUGAGCCAGAGGGGCCCAGCGGGGCAGCCCCGACCCCUGGGGCUCCCCUGGGCCGAGGACUAAGGAGACGAGCUUGGAGGCGGGGAAGGCCGAAGUUGCUGGGGCCAGGGCGCCGCCCCCCCAGACACUGCGCCUGGGGUGGAGGGCGCGGACGCAGCUCCAGGUGCGCAGCGCUCUCCAGCCCUACCGGAGUCCCCCAAGUGGGUGGAAACGACAAUAAAGCCUGACCCGUCGAGG